CAAGUGUCUUGAAAUCAAAGUGCAACGACCACAGAAAAUGAAGACACAGAGAUGUGUCUUCCGCUUCUUGUAGAUUAAUCUAGAGAUUAAAUAAUCCAAGGAUUUCAUUUAUAUAUCUCAUUUUAUCUGGGGGUUUUUUUUUUGUUUUGAGGUUUUUAAAAAAAUUUUUUUUUUUAUUUUUUAAUUUUUUUAAAAUUAAAAAAUUUUUUUUUUACGUUAUAUGAGGUUGUCAGAGAUACGGCUGCUGGAUUAAUAAGCUGUUAGAAAUUACCAGAACAACAACAACAACAUCAUCAUCAUCAUCAUCAUCAUCAUCGCCAGCAGCAGCAGCAGCAGCAAGAACAAGAACAAAACGAGCAGGUGCGACAACACGGCCACCACUACCAGCGACUAUCACCUCAACAACAAAAAUGCCUCUACGUUGUCAUUGGGUGUGCUAGAAACAACAGUUACGCUCUCUUUCGAAUCCCACCCUUCUCCAGAUACGAUGUGUGACUACGUAGUCCUGUAGAGUCUUCAUAUGAAAAAAAAAGGGUGUGAUGUGUGAUGAAGCUUAAAACGACGUAGAUUAAGUUAAUAAUGCCCAGCAGAAUCAAUACUUAAUUAAACGAAGGGAUCAAGGAAGGAUGAAGACAAACAUUAUAAUGAUCGUUAUCUUAAUGGGGAUCACGGUGAUGAUAACGAGAAGGGGAACAGCGAUUACUUUGUGAGCACCAAACAUAACAAAAAUAUAAAUACAUACAUACAUACAUACAUACACAUAUAUACUCGUGCACACACAUAUAUACACACACACACAUAUAUAUAUACACAUGCACACACAUAUGUAACUGAGGAAAUAGAACUGCUCAAAGUUUUCUUUAGAUUGUGCUUUUUUUCCUGACAUAUAGACAGCUGACUGAAUAUAUAUAUAUAUAUAUAUAUAUAUAUAUAUAUAUAUAUAUAUAUAUAUAUAUAUAUAUAUACUUUAUUUAAAAGCAGCAGAAAUAUAACAGAAGACUGUUCCUUGGAGUUUCACGUUCCCGCUCAUCGGACAGUUUUGUUAUAUAUAAACAGUUUUGUUACAUAUAUAUAUAUAUAUAAACAUAUUUAUUAUAUGCCAGAGAAGCAGUAUUAGGUCAAAAUAGCAAUCUGUGCUUCAUACUUGAUGCAGAUACAUCAUAGAAAGCUAUAUUAACUGCGGUAUCUGUCUGGAGAUAUCUCUUCACAGAUAUCUCAGAAGUAUAUCAAUAGCAGACAGAAAUCAUCCAGCAUUUAUGGUGGGGUUGUUACAUGCACAUUUCUGCUUUUCUGUGCUUUAUCAGCAGCAAUCAUUCACUUGCAGUCACAUGCCAGGACAAAAACAUAUAUAAAAAUAUUAAUAUAUAAACAUUUGCUGGGUAUCAACCAUAAAUAGAAGUUUGGAAGGUAAAACAGCACAAAUGGAAUGAUGGAAAUAAGAGUUGGACAGAUGGAGCUCAUGAGAGGUUACUACAGGUAGACAAAAGUUCAAAAGGUGGUGAUGAACAUUUUAUAAAUAAUCAAAAUAUAAAGUUACGCAUAAUGAACAGUAUGCUGCAUAGAAGAAAUACACACAUAUAUAUAUAUAUAUAAUUCAUUUUCAACUGCAGAACACGAAGUAAAUAAAGCUAUAAAGACUAGUGUGUAAACAUUGAGUUAAAAGUAACAAUUUGGGUAAAAUGAACCUUUCUUACAUGCCUAUAAACAGAUAAAUAUUUACAGACACACAUAUACACACGCAUACAUAUAAAUAUAUACAUAUAUAUAUAUGCAUGUAUAUAUACACGCAAAUUAUAUAUAUUUCUAUAAGAGUCCUAUGAUGACAGUAUGUGCUACAACCCAGUUUCAAAUCAUCGUUCCUCUUUCCAGCCGUUACAAUAACACACCUGGAGUCUGUAAAGCCGCUGUUUUAGAGAAAGGAGACAGAAAAGAAGGAAAAAGCAAAGAAGCAAGAGUAGGAGUGGGCAGAAGAUUUGGAGUGGGAGGCUAUUGUAGAGGAGGAAGAGGAAAUAGAGGUGAAGAAAGAAAGGGAACCGGUGCUUGGCUACAAAGGAGUAGAGUAGGUGGAAGCGGAGGGGGAGAAGUUGGUGCAUUCAGAAUGGGAAGAUUAUUGGGAUCAGAUGAAGUUGGUGGUGGUGGUGGUGGUUUUGCUAGUGAUGUUGCUGUUCUUGUUGGUGGUGGUGCCAGUAGUACAGUGACGUUGGAUAAUAGUCACAAUGUUGUUGCUGCUGUCAGCGGUGGUGUUGUUGGCGUCCGCGAUGACAGCGGAAGCAGCUUCAUGGAUGAUGGAAAUUUCUGGAAAGCUCUCUCCACUAAUCAGACCUCAGAAGAAAUCAUCCCGUCUGGGAUCCUUUAUGCUGGCGGUGUCGUUAUGCUUUUGGCCACUGUGGCCGGACUCUGCGGCAAUUUGGUCAUCCUGGCAGCUUUGUGGAACCGCAAACAUAUGAAAAACAUAAUCAAUAUAUUUGUCACUAGCUUAUGUAUCAAUGACCUUAUGAACCUGCUGCUUAACAACGCCAUGGUAACCGUGUCCUAUUUUUUCAGAUCCUGGCCCAGCAACCUCUUGCACUGCGAGUCGUUGGCACAUUUCACUGUGCUGUUAAUGGGUUGCUCGCUGUGGCACACGGGACUCAUAGCAGUACACCGCUUCCUUGUGGUCGUUUGCAACCAGUUCUACAUGACGAUGUCAAAAAACAUUUACACAGCCUUCGUCUUGACUUUCUCAAGGGUUGUACCGUUGUGCUUUCUGUUGAAUCCGGACCUCGGCAACAUGGUCAAAUACGAACCGAAACUGUUGCGGUGUCUGAUCAAAGAGGAAUUUGUACUUUUUAAAACGCUGGUCAGUGUCGUUCUUAUGAUUAUACCAUCCAUCCUUGUGAUUGUCUGCUAUGUGGCAAUUUUCAUAAAAUCUUACAUUGCUUCUGCCGCAUUACGUUCAAGUCAAAACAGUGAAUGGUUACGCCGUGAAAUACAAAUUACCAAAAUGUUUGGUAUUGUCUUCUUAGUAAUUUACGUUGGGUAUAUUCCUUAUGGAAUAAUUCGCAGCAUUGACCGCCAGUUACAGUACAGCGGCAGUGUAUAUGCUGUUAUAACUGUGCUGUACGCGGUCGCCAAUACAGUCAAUCCGCUUAUAUAUGGUGCCAUGGACAAAAGGAUUUACAGGGCUUGUGUUAACAUGUUUUGCACUUCGAAGAGGCAGGUUCAAAUACAGGAACAGGUGCAACUGCAUUCACAGCGAAACGAACUUGCUGAUACAGGAUUAAAUAACAUAAAUGAAACCAAAAAAAUAUCCAGUUGCUGAAACCAAUGAAAAAACUAAAAAAAAAUGAAAAACAAGAAAAAAGAUAAUAAUAAUAAUAAUAAUGAUUUCAAUGGUUUCAAAUUUUGGCAAGGGGCCAGCAAUUUUAGAGGUGGGGGUAAGUCAAAAAUAUCAAUUCCAGUACUUGACUGGGAUCUUAAUUUCAUUGACCCCUGAAAAGAUGAAAGGUAAAGUCGACUGUGGUUAUAUUUGAACUCAGAACCUAAAGAUCUUGGA